AUGCCGGGCAUAAGCUCCUCCACGGCACCCCGUUAUGACAGCUGGGACAUGGACUACCUGGACACUUACCAACACUACUUCUAUGAUGACCACCACAACCCGGACGAGGACUUUUUCAAAUCCACAGCACCCAGUGAGGACAUAUGGAAGAAAUUUGAACUGGUACCCACCCCGCCAAUGUCCCCCAUCCGUGCGGUGGAGGGGUCGGGCAAGUUUGGACUGAUGUGCCCCUCACUCGGAGACAAGUUGGAGUGGGUAUCACAGUUUUUGGGCCAGGAGGAUGAACAACAACAACAACAACAACAACAGCAACAACAACAACAUCAGCAACAGCAAGACAUCCUUUGCAAAGUGACCCCAGCCGCGGACUCUGUUGGGAACUUGAGCUCUAUCAUCAUCCAAGACUGCAUGUGGAGCGGGUUCUCUGCCGGUCGGCAGCUUGAGAGAGUGGUCGGGGAGCGCUGUCACCCCUGCCAAGUCAAGGGGGGCUCAGCUACUACCAAAGUGGUCACUGGAACAUCCCCUGGGAGAGUUCAAGGUGUACCCGCAGAUGUUCUGCCUCUCGGUUGUUUGGUAGCGGAUUGCGUGGACCCGGCUGCUGUGCUCACCUUUCCCUUGGGCGGAGGCUGCAAGAAGCAAAUAUCCUCUGGGUCCGAGUCACACACUAACUCUUCAGAUGAUGAUGACCAAGACGAGGAUGAGGAGGAGAUCGAUGUGGUGACUGUAGAGCACAAACAACAACGCAAACCACGGCGGUUGGUCAAAAGCCGCAAACCUGCGACCAUCACUGUUCGAGCGGACCCUUUGGACCCCUGCAUGAAACGGUUCCACAUCUCCAUCCAUCAGCAACAGCACAACUACGCCGCCCCGUCACCAGAUACUAUUUCGCCGGUGGAACCUCCACCGCCCCGCAAGCGGCACCGGCACGAGGUGGCCGCCCCAGCGCAACACCCUCAUUACCACCAACCCCGGCUCGGCCACACCCCCUCGAACUUUGACAGUAGGCGGUCUCAUACGACUGCCACCAGGGCACGUUCGGAGUCACCCCACCUGGGCUCCUCCUCUCCCGCAUCACCCCCUUGCUCCUCAUCGUCGUCCUCGCCGCCCCACUCACGGUCCCCGCCGCCACCCCUUUCCAGUCCCCAGUCCUCGGACUGCGAAGACACUGACCGACGCAAGGCCCACAACUUCCUGGAGCGCAAGAGGCGCAACGACCUUCGCUCGCGCUUUCUGUCGUUGCGAGACGAGAUCCCCGGCUUGGCCGACUGCGCCAAGACACCCAAGGUGGCCAUCCUGACGCGGGCCACCGAGUACCUGCGGCAGCUGCACGCAGGAGAGCGGCAGAAGGCUCAGGAGAGGAAGCAGCUGAAAGCCAAGCAGGCGCAACUGUUGCAGAGGCUGGCACAGCUGAAGCGGGCAUCCACGCUCCCAGAACUGAAAAUGAAAUGA